AUGGAUAGUAGAACUGAGAAUGAACUUAAAAUAGGAGUUAGUACUAGUAAUUAAUUUUAAUUAAAUACUGCAUUUUGUGAUACUAAUAUUGGUUUCGCUUAUUAUGGGCUAGGAUGCUUAAGACAUGGGGAUAAUUCGAAUGGAAAGCAAUAUGGAAAGUAAUUUAAAAAGUAAGGUGUUUUGGGAGUCUUUUUGAAUAUGAAAAAAGGAUAAUUAUCAUUUGCUCUUAAUGGUGAAUAUUAUGGAAUUGGAUUUGAAUCCGAAUCUCUUAAAAAAGGACCUAUUUGGCCUGCUGUGGCUCUUUUACAUAUAGCUGGAUGCAAAAUUUAAUAUAAAUAAGAUAUUCCAAAAUAUUUUAUUUUGUGA